AUGAAGGGAUCUUUGGAUUUUUUAAUUGAUAAAGCUCAAUCGGCUUUUAUCCCAGGGAGAAGGAUUACGGAUAAUAUCCUUAUGGCGCAUGAACUUGUGUCUGGUUAUCAAUCUAAUACGGGUCCACCUUGUUGUGCGUUCAAAAUUGAUAUAAGAAAAGCUUAUGAUACGGUGGAUUGGCGGUUCCUUUUUGUUAUGCUUGAAGGUUUGGGAUUUCACCCUGUUAUGGUCAAGUGGAUAAAGGAGAUGGUGUCGACUCCUUCUUAUUCUUUAGCCAUUAAUGGUAAUUCCCAUGGUUUUUUCCUUGGAGGGAGGGGUCUUCGUCAGGGUGAUCCGUUGUCCCCCUAUCUGUUUACGAUUGUUAUGGAGGGAUUUUCUCUGCUUCUUCAAAAGUGUAUUCGGGAGGCUGCUGACUUUGUUUACCAUCGGGGUUGUGAGGAUUUGGAUUUGACUCACUUAUGUUUUGCGGAUGAUUUGUUUGUAUUUACAAAAGGGGAUGUCCUUUCUGUUGAAGUGCUUAAAAAAGCUCUGGCUCUUUUUCAGAACUAUUCGSGAUUAGCGCCUAGUCUUGAAAAAAGUGACAUUUAUUUUGGGAAUGUUCCUUCCAACGUUAAGGCGGCUAUCCUUGAAUGCCUUCCCUUCAAGCUUGGUGCUUUUCCUGUUCGAUAUUUGGGUGUUCCUUUAUCACAAUCUYGGUUGAAGUCUUGUGACUAUGCUCCGCUGAUUGCUAGAGUGAAGAACCGUAUACUUAAUUGGAAAUMUAAGUUUCUUUCGUUUGGUGGACGGCGCCAGCUUAUUAUAUCGGUUCUUCAAUCUCUCCAGCUUCAUUGGAUGUCGGUUUUCUUAUUUCCAUCUGGUAUUAUUCAUGAUCUUGAAUCUAUAUUUCGUAAAUUCCUUUGGGCUCCAAGGGAAGAUCCGCGUGGUAGAUGUCGGUUAUCAUGGGAUAUGGUUUGUAGGCCGCUGGAAUCUGGGGUUCUUGGAAUUAAAAAACUAUCCACUUGGAAUCGGGCUUUACUUGCAAAGCAUGUGYGGGAUAUUGCUAGGCGACGGGAUUCUAUGUGGGUUCGUUGGAUUUAUAGUAAUAAUCUCCGUUCUUCGAAUUUCUGGAUGGUCCGUAAGAAUUCUAAUUGGUCUUGGGUCUUUCGUAAACUUUUAGACUUGCGGAGUCAUUUGCGUUGGUUUCUUUUUUCUCAAAUUGGUGAUGGUCGGAACACGAAUGCUUGGGAGGAUGCUUGGUUACCUUGUGGUCCUCUAUCCGCGUUUAUCUCUUACCGGUUUGUCCAUUCUUGUGGGUUUUCUACCUUAACGACGGCUUGUGAUCUUAUUAUAAACUGGAAUGGUAAUUGGCCUGAUGAUUGGUCUCAACGGUUUGAUAUGCUUCAUAAUUCUCCGCUACCUUUAUUGACUUCUGAUUGUGAUAGAGUUCUUUGGAGAGAUAAUUAUACUAUGUGUUCGGAUUUUACUGUGGGUAAGGCUUGGGCGUCCUUAGAGGGUAAUCAUCCUGUGAUCCCUUGGUCUAAAAUGGUUUGGUUUUCGGGUCAUAUUCCGAAGCAGGCUUUCUGUUUUUGGUUGGCUUGUCAGAGACGGCUUCCGACUCAAGACCGCUUACAUUGGAAGGAUGAGCCCCCAGAUUUGGAGUGUUCACUUUGUGGUCAAUGUCUGGAUAGUCAUGAUCAUUUAUUCUUUCAAUGUUCGUAUGCUGGAGUUGUAUGGACUAGUGUUUUACUUAUAGUGGAUAUGUCGGGUAUGCCUUCAAGGUGGGAACAGAUUGUUCAAGUUAUUUCGGAUCCUAAUAUUCGUCCGAAACUGUUAAAGCAGAAACUUGCUGUGGCGGCUACUGUUUACUAUAUUUGGCAAGAGCGUAAUAGAAGACUUUUUUCUGCGACUAAGCGUACGGUUCAUGAUCUUACUGUAGUUAUUACUGCAGUCUAUCUCCAUCCGUGCAGAUUGGUUGGCGAGUCGUCCUCUGCUGCUUUAUGGCGUAAGCUGCUGUUUGAGGGAUUUCUGUUUGUUUUGCUGUUUUGUUGCUGUACGUCUGGGCUUGGUGUUGCUGCUGGUUUGUUUUUGCAUGCCUGCUUUCACUUAGCUGCUGUGUUUCACGCGUUCUUUUGCUGCUUGUCAUUCGGUUUAUCGAUCUUAUUCGCAUUGUCUUGCUGCUUUGCUGCUGGCUGUGAUCUUGCAGUUUCGUUGUUUAUGCUGCUGGUUUUUGGGUUAGCUGCAGUUUUUUAG